AUGUCCACUCAGCAAACAGCCAGGACGCAAUAUGUCCAGGCCCCAGGUGGCGCUAAAUACGCCUAUCGCCAGAUCGGGGCUGCCUUUGGCACACCCCUUGUUGUCUUAACCCAUUUUCGUGGCACAAUGGAUAAAUGGGAUCCUCUUUUCGUUAACAGCUUGGCUGUCAAACGUUGUGUCAUCACAGUUGAUUAUCUUGGCGUUGGACUGAGCACCGGCGAAGUGGCUACAUCUAUUCGUCAAUCUGCAGCAGAUAUUUCGCAGUUUAUCGAACUCAUCAAAGAACCCGAGGUUGAUCUACUUGGGUUCAGUAUUGGAGGUUAUGUUGCUCAGAUGAUCACACUCAACUCUGAUCCGAGCAAGUUCAAAAUUCGCAAGUUGAUCCUUGCUGGCACUGGCACCAGCCACGGGAAAGACCUAGCUCUGUCACCAAAUGAAGAUGUGGGCGCAGUGGCUGGUGUGAAAGAUGUCAACAUAGAUGUCUUCAAGACUUUGUUCUUUCCUAAGAACCCACAAGGUGACGCUGCUGCAGAGGCCUGGUGGGGUCGGAUUCACGAGAGAAACGAAUCUUCCUGUGGUGAGGAAGUUUCUCAGUGGUUAAGCAGUGGAUAUAAAGACCAGGGUAAAGGUAUCAAGGGCCAGGCAACUCAAGGUCAUAACUUCACGAUGAACGCCGACACAAGCCGGGGUGAAAAUGGCGCCUAUGACCGUUUGUCAGAAAUCAACAUUCCCGUCCUGGUAGCAAACGGAAAUAACGACUACAUGAUUCCCACAUCAAACAGUUACCUUAUCUACCAAAAAGUACCGAGAGGUCAACUCAUCCUUUAUCCCAGCAGUGGACACGGAUUUCUUUUUCAGUAUGCAACAACCUUUGUAAAACAUGUUGAGCUGUUCUUGGAGGGUUAA